CCUACUCCGAGUCUGAAAUUGAGCGACGAAAUCGACUCCGGCGGAGGGGAGGAAAAAAUAAAAAUGGGCCAGUUUACUUAAAGAGACGACGAGUCUCUCUUGGUGGAGGGAAUAAUAACCAAUUCAGCCGCAGGGGUGGACGACCACACCCUCACCACCAUCCACAUGGAGGCGGGCCUUAUCUAAGAUUAAGGCCUAAACCACUCUUGGGUCCUUUCAGGAGGGGACCACCCCCACCAAAUUUGCAACUUCAUCCCCACUCCUCGUACAAUAAUCGGCCCUCUUAUCACCAACAACCACCAGGGAUGAUAAGACCCGCAAUGAUUGCGCUGCCCGUGUCAAUCACGGUGCAGAAUAAUGAGUCCGAGUUGAACAACGUGACUUUAACACCCGAAAAAAAUGGAGGGACGACGACGACGAUAUCUUCUUCGUCCACAGAACAGGAGGACCCACAACCCAGUAAAGACUACUUUUGGCCACCUUUGACCCCUGUAUUACAACAAGAACACUAUGACUCUAUACCUCCCCCAGUCUACCCAUCGGCAUCACCACUAUCCCAAUAUCAGCACCUCAACCGGAUCAAAGUCAUUCCCAGUCUGAUCAACUCUGUGAAUAAGUUGGGACAACGCCUUCGCCCCACGAUCCGACCCUUUGCUCCCACAUCGUCGGAAGAAAUGGGAGAAUUAUCCUCCUCGGAAAAUAAAGAAAAACAGACUGAGAAAGACGCCUCACUCGAAGAAGAGUCUUCUGGGCAGAAAAAGAACAAGAACAAGAGACGUCCUGGAGGAGGAAGUGGAGGCGGCGGCGGCGGAGCUGCUGGCGCCAUCCUAUCACCAAACUUCCUCCCUCAAACCAUGAACAUUAUGAACAGCAUGGGCUGCGUCAUUAAAAAAGUUAUGCUAGGACCGGAAGCGUCAUGCAAUGGAACCUUUUUGGAGGCGGCAGCUGCAGCAAAUGCGGCCCUGAGUAGACAUCCGGUCAGACCAGGUCAAAUGUCGUUACUUGGAGGGGAGCCAGAAGAGCAAGAAACCAUUUUGGAAGUAAUCCUGCUACCGAGACCUGCGGAUAAGUUCUACCCACCGGAAUCGUCCACACUGUACACGAGGGUGCCUUUCUUCGUCAAGUGGCAGACGAGGUCGACCGACUAUUCAAACUGGGCCGAGGUGAACCACACCUUGGCCCCCGGAACGUGGAAGCUGCACAAAGCUGGUCAUUUUGAUGACUAUGGGAUCCAUUCUUUCGAAGUGUUCAAUCUCCGGGAGGGCGAAUCUGGGCAGAUUUCCGUCCCCUAUGUCGCCAGUGAUAACAAGAUACUCGUCCAUACGUGGAAAUUUGUUGUGAUCAAUGACACCGCAUUUGCUGAGAAAGGAUUAAGUCAAAGGGAAGAAGGAAGCAAGAAAAUAUUUAGUUGCAAAUCCGCCACCGGAACGACCAAGCCGAAGCUCACCUUGACUAAACUGACGGACGAUGGGUGUCCAGUUGAUGAAGGGAUGUCAGAAAAGAGGAGGAAAGGGUCUAAACGGAAGUCUCUAGUGGAGGAGGAUUGUGGUCCAGGGUGUGUCGCUAUCAGGACCGAUAUCGAGUCUGGGAUUGUGUCCUGCCUUGGGGACGGUGUGGAUGAGACGUUACGUUAUCCCGCAGAUAUUUAUUGUACGGGACGCCCAUUUUUCGUCGAGCGAGGAAAGACCAAGAACUUGACGUUGUCACCUAACAAGAAAAAGUUUAAUAUUCCCUGCAUAAUUAACAACCCGAACGCGGACGUCUAUUUGUUCCACCAGAAUCCGAAUGGAACAAUAUCGGACGUUACGGAUUACACGAAUUACGACCUGAAACUCGGAUUUUCUCUGAAUCUGGAUGAAAUCUCGGAUCCUUUGGGAACUUAUGCUUGCACGAGUAGCACAAAUGUAGAGGAUGAUACCGAUAUGGUCACUUAUCAUGUUAAUCCGGCUCCGCCCCACGUGUUUAAUCCACCUCAAGAAACGGUGUACGGAUCUCCACCGUUUCGCUUCGUGUGGGAGUCAGUAGAAGAGCUUGAAGUCGAGAAUAAGUCGGCAGGGAACUUUUAUUCCGGCGUUUUCGCCAAGCCAGAAGGAAAUCGGGCGUUUGUGGGAACCUUUGAAAUUGCCGCGUUGUCCAAGGGUGCCUCCGGGGUGGUAAAUGUCAUCAGGGCGAAAGAUAAAGUGGUCGUGCACACUUGGCGGUAUGCUUAUCAAGGGAAAUACGGACUCUGGGUGGACAGGAAACUAAACAUUUUCAAAUGCGUGUCCCCCACUUCGAAAAUACCUCCAUCUUUAUUUGCUGUAGAAUGCUCAAAUCCGAACGCGUGCAGAUUAAAGAAGCGUUUCAUGGAGGACGACCCUGAAAUGCAUUUGCAGAAAGAUCCAGAAAACCAGUAUCAUCACCACCACCACCACAAAAAGAACAAGAAGCAUGGUCACCACCGAGAGAACAACAACUUUGUCACCGUCCCCGUCGAAUGUGGCGAGGGUUGCACCGAGCUCAAAGUUUGGAACGAUAAGCGACACGGAUUCGUUGAAUGUCGUGACAAAGUGGGGCAGGAAGAAGUUAAUAAUAACGAAAUGGAUGAAUCGUUGACAUAUUUUCUAACUAGGAAUUCUACAAUUUUGACCGAGUCGGAUGACCUUGAGCCCCUCCGAACCAUCGAGAUUUCUUCCGUAGUGCGCACGCUGAAUGUCGGCGACACGAUAACGUUCGUCUGCAGGGCAAAUGCAUACUUUUAUUCGCACGGAUUUCAGUGGGCGAUCGAGAUGAAGAACGGGUCGAAAAGGUUCCUCGAUUCUUCCGUCAGUCAAGAGACAACAACUGGGGCCGACCAAAGACAACUAAAGGCCGAAGUUCAUCUCACCGUGGGUGGCAAGGAUUGGAAAGCAGUGUGGUGUUAUGCCCCCUCCCUCACGUCGAACCUAUGGGGAAAUGCGUCUCAACUUGUUUACAUUCAUUAAUAAUUACAAAUAAUAAUUGAUGCGCCUAUAUUUAUUUAUUUAUUCAUUUAGCUAUUAAAAAAUUGUGAUGAUUGAUAAUGCAUUGAAAUAAAUAAUUAUGAAAUGAAAUGAGUAGAAAAAUUGAGACAUUUCAAGAAUAUUCAAGAUGAA